AUGUUCAGGUCUCUCUCUGCAACGGUUGGAAGAGCCAGUCUUCUGUUUAGGCGAACAUAUGCCGCCCAGGCAGCUGCGGUGCCGUCGCAGGUUCGGCUGCACCUGCUGCGUUUAGGCCUGCAGGGUCACGAAAACUGGGAACAGAUUCGACAGCGCUAUCGUGAACUUGCUCGAUCGAACCACCCGGAUGUGCCAGGUGGCAGCACCGAGAACUUUCAAGCUAUUCAGGAUAGCUACAAUUAUUUAUCGGUGUACUACGGUCACGCAAAGCCAAGUACUCGUCACGGCUACCGUGCGGCGGCACGGUCGCAGGGCGGCGCACCCUACUACCGCAGCACGUAUGCGGAGCAUGUGCAGCGCACGAACGGGUCGCCUGGCCUUUUCCUAGUGUUUCCAGCGCUGCUGCUGGUUGGCUUGGGCUCAUGGGUUAUUAUUCAGAGCGCGACUGGGCGUUCGCAGCGGGGAGAACUUCGGGCCGGUGGCACGUCGCAAUAUGUGCCUGAGAAUCGGCAGCUUAUUCUGCCACAGAAACCAGACCAGACACUUUUCCGAAUACAUCGUGAUGAAAAAUAG